ACCAAAUUAUAACAUUUCGAUAUUCCGGGUCUUGUCAAAGACAAAACACACAUACCAAGGUCUCUCAACUGCUUCCUCUGUAUAAUCCUGCCCCACCAUGUGCACUUUAGAGAAGCGCUGUAACCUCUUUAUUCUAACCCUCACCGGUGACGACGAACACCGGCUGAACCCCGAUUUGAUCAGCUUGAUCCUUUCAACUCUCGACGGAGCCAAGUCCCAGGCCACCCGUGGCUCCGUUCUUAUCACCACAGCCCAAGGUAAAUUCUUCUCCAAUGGCUUCGACCUCACAUGGGCUCAGGCUGCCGGAUCCGUCUCCGGGGCCCGAGACCGCCUGCACCACAUGGUUGAAUCUUUCAAACCGGUUGUAGCGGCGUUCCUUUCCCUUCCCAUGCCGACAGUCGCAGCCAUUCCGGGCCACGCCGCCGCCGCAGGAUUCUUGCUGGCCCUCUGCCACGAUUACGUGCUCAUGAGGCGCGACAGAGGCGUGCUCUACAUGUCCGAGGUGGACAUCGGGCUGUCAAUGCCAGAGUAUUUUGCGGCGAUGUUCAGGGCAAAGGUCAGCUCGGCUUCGGCUCGGCGGGAAAUCCUGCUACGCGGGGCGAAGAUAAAGGGGGCGGAGGCGUUGAACAUGGGGAUCGUGGAUACGGUGCACGAUAGCGCAGAUGAAGUGGUGGAGGAGGCGGAGCGCCUGGGCGAGCAGUUGUCGGCGAGAAAGUGGAACGGCGAGGUGUACGCGGAGAUCAGGAAGAGUCUGUACCCGGAACUCUGUGGCUUAUUAGGAUUGAGUCCCAAAGUUUUUGGAACUCCGAAGCUUUGAUCCACAAAAACACUCAAAAGAGAAUUCGAAAGAAAAAGAGAAUCCAUACUCCACUACCCAAAGGUUUGAAAUUCCGGAGAUAUCAGGGAUAAUCAAAUCGGAGGUAAGCUGGGUAAUCUAGUACAUGUUGGAUUUGAUUAUUGAAUGAUUGUAAGGGAGGAAUUUCCUUUUAAAUCAGAAACUAAGAAUAAAAAGAAAAAGGUGUAGUUUUUGUUUAAGUUAAUUACAUAUACUGUUGAUUGCUAAGUUAUGAUAUAACAAAAACUAUAUUGAUGGAAUCUGGAUUUGGUUUUAUUAAAGCCACUAAAUUGAGGGUUUUAGAGGAGUA